AAUUUCACCCCCUUUUUGUUCGUCCCUGAUACGAUUCCCCUUUAGUUAGGGUUUAAUAAUUCUGUCCAAGAAUUUAUUCCUUCGAGCUUUCCUUCUCUCUCUUUCUCCAACAUUUUCUCUCUCUUCGAAUUUUCCAGCUUCUUAGGAAUUUGCAAUGGAGAUGAUGCCGAGCUCAAACGAUGUCGUUUUACGGAGUUUUGUGCUGGAGACUGUUGCUGCAGUUGCUGUUCACUCUCUCUCCUUUGUCCUAGCUAUGCUAGGAUCUUUGCCACGAGGUGAUAUUGUGCUGCCACAGCAGCCUAAUUCAUUCAAAUGGCUUCCACGAUCUGAAUUCCACAAUACAAAAAAACCUGAUUCAGAGAAUAAAGAUGCGGAUGAAGAUGAUGCUGACGAUGACGACGACGAUGAAGGUGAUGAUGAAAAGGCUGGCGUUGAAGGUGGUGAAGAUGAGGAAGGUGAGGAGGUGAACGACGAGGAAGGGGAUGCGGAGGAUGAGCCAGAGGCCAACGGGGAAGGAGCUGAAGGGGAGGAAGAAGAAGAUGAUGAUGAAGAUGAGGAAGAUGAAGAUGACGACGAUGAUGAUGAUGACGAGGAUGGUGGAGAUGAAGAGGAAGAAGAAGAAGAGGAAGAAGAGGAUGAUGAAGAGCAAGAGGAGCCACCAUCUAAGAAGAGGAAAGGGGCUUAAUAGAGAAUCCCCCUUUUUAACCUUUGUUCUUUUCUUUUCUUUUCCUUUCUAAAUUAUGUCUUUUCAAUGGGUGAAGAAUGUUGGGGGUAGCCUUUGUUCAAAUGUGAGGAUUAAGCUUGUCACGAAUGUAGAAAAAAAGAACAUUGAAGUGUUGAUGUAUUAACUGAUGUGAUGUUAACAAUUUUAGAAAAUAAAUUACCUUUUUAGUUCCA